AUGAAGUACGUCGCAUUGCUUAGUGGCGGCAAGGAUAGCUGCUACAACCUCCUACACUGCCGCCAGAAUGGCCAUGAACUCGUAGCUGCUGCAUCUCUCGGGCCAGAACCCGGCAAAGAGGAACUUGAUUCGUACAUGUAUCAAACAGUUGGUCAAGACGCGAUUGAGUUCGUGACAUGGGCGCUAGACGUUCCCCUCUAUCGCCAGAUCAUCACCGGCAAGGCUGUCGAACAAGGAUCUGAAUACGGUGGACGGAGCGCGGACAAGGCUGGCGGCGUAGCAGGGGACGAAACCGAAGAUCUUCAUACUUUGCUAAUGACGGUCAAGUCCCGUCACCCGGAGAUCCAGGGUGUUUCAGUCGGUGCAAUCCUCUCUAAUUAUCAAAGAGUGAGGGUCGAGCAUGUAUGUCGGCGACUGGGCUUGACACCUCUUUGCUAUCUCUGGCAACGGAACCAGGGAGAACUUCUCUCUGAAAUGAUACAAGGGGGAAUGGAAGUCGUUCUCAUCAAGGUGGCAGGAAUCGGCCUUACAGCCUCUCAUCUUGGGAAGACGUUAGCACAGAUGCAGCCAACGCUGAUUAAGCUGAACACCUUAUAUGGUUCCCACAUAUGUGGGGAAGGAGGCGAAUAUGAAAGCCUGACAUUAGACUGUCCCAUUUUCAAACAAAGAAUCAAUCUCAUUGAUGCCGAAACUGUAAUACACUCCGACAAUGGCUUCGCCACUGUUGCGUUCCUUCGUAUCAAGCGGGCUGAGCUGGUAUCGAAAUCUUUGGAUGCAACAAAAAUUGUGAUUCCUCCGACCCUAGAGGAGGAGUUCAAGGCUGUAGCGGAAGCCGUUAAAAUCUCCGAACGAGCAUAUCCAAUGAUUGAUUCUUCUACAAACCCGCGGGGUGUUCAAGAGUUUCACCAUCCAGAGACACGACAUGCAGCUUCACGGUGCCUAGGCUUAUGGGUCACCGUUUCGAAUGUGCAGACAAAAACACCGCAAGGAGGCCUCUCAAUUAAAGAAGAGGUUACGGAAUGCUUCCAAAUCCUCGCCGAGAAGCUCGCAGAGCAUGAUCUGCAGCUUUCCAACUGCAGUAUCAUUAAUAUGUGCAUCUCCUCCAUAGAUUUAUUCGCUUCUAUCAACGCCGCUUACUCGACAUUCUUCGGUGUUAGCCCUCCUGCUCGUGCUUGCGUGUGCGUCGAUUUGCCAGAAGGAAUACGGGUUCGAUUGGAAUGCAUUGCGUUCGCGGAGAAAAGCCCGGCUGAGCGCCAAGUUCUCCAUGUGCAGGGUUUGAGUUACUGGGCCCCUGCGAAUAUCGGACCGUACUCCCAGGCAAUAACGGCCAACGAACGGGUUUUCAUAUCUGGUCAGAUUGGACUUAUCCCUAGCCAUCUUGCUCUACCGUUACCCCGUUCUUUGGCGAAAGAAAUGGCCCUGGCUUCUCAACAUGUCGCUCGCAUAACUUCCGCCCUUAAAGAAAACUCGGGUGGUGGAUGGGAGGGCCACAUUCAAUUGACCAUUUACUGGACCACGGAGUCCGCGAAUCUCUCUCAUGUCAAGGAAGGGCAUUAUGCCAUACAGCUUCCUUCUUCUCCUGCCUUGUUCCUCGUCGUGAAGGAGUUGCCGAAGGAUGCUCUUGUCGAGAAACAAGUUUUACUUCAUACAGGCCGGUGCCAUGUUUAUGAAGAUGGCGAAUCGAUUAUCGAGCGUUGUAAUCCCACCUUCAGGCUGGGCAGCAAGAAUUUUGCGGAUGGGAGCUCGUGGCGGUGGGAGGUCUCCAACAUGGAAGAAGACAAUUCGUCAUGUACUGUCCUCUACCUGAAAGGAGAUUUCGUGAAUAAUACAGCAAGGUUAAAUGAGAUGACCGCCGAUAUUGCUGGGAUGGAUCACGUAGGUCUUACUUUUGGAGUUUCUACAUUGAGCGGUGCUCAGGACUUUCUAUGCAGCGGAUAA